AUGCAAAGUAUUGCUCUGUGGGAGACUGUUGACCUAGGGGGGUCUAGGGUUUCCUUCGUGAAUUCCCGAGAUUGCCCUUUUGCGGGAAUUAGUGACUUGCUUCCAAUCUUGUCGCCUAUAUCCAACAGCGGUGCUGGAGGAGGAUUUGGCGGUGGUGUCGGAGGUGGCCACGGAAGUGGUGCUGGAGGAGGAUUAGGCGGCGGUGGUGGUCAUGGCGGUGGUGCAGGAGGAGGAUUUGGCGGUGGUGCUGGAGGAGGACACGGUGGUGGUGUUGGAGGAGGAUUUGGCGGUGGUGCUGGAGGCGGCCACGGUUGCGGUGGAGGAGGAGGAUUUGGCGGUGGUGCUGGAGGAGGUCACGGUGGCGGUGUAGGAGGAGGAUUUGGUGGUGGGGCUGGUGGAGGUCACGGUGCUGGAGGAGGCUUUGGUGGUGGUGCAGGCGGAGAUCACGGUGGCAGUGCAGGCGGAGGUCACGGUGGCGGUGCUGGAGGAGGCUUUGGUGGUGGUGCAGGCGGAGGUCACUGUGGAGGUGUUGGUGGUGGAGCUGGAGGAGGGCACGGUGGUGGAGCUGGAGGGGGCUUUGGUGGUGGUGCAGGCGGAGGUCACUGUGGAGGUGUUGGUGGUGGAGCUGGAGGAGGGCACGGUGGUGGAGCUGGAGGGGGCUUUGGUGGUGGUGCAGGCGGAGGUCACUGUGGAGGUGUUGGUGGUGGAGCUGGAGGAGGGCACGGUGGUGGAGCUGGAGGGGGCUUUGGUGGUGGUGCAGGCGGAGGUCACUGUGGAGGUGUUGGUGGUGGAGCUGGAGGAGGGCACGGUGGUGGAGCUGGAGGGGGCUUUGGUGGUGGUGCAGGCGGAGGUCACUGUGGAGGUGUUGGUGGUGGAGCUGGAGGAGGGCACGGUGGUGGAGCUGGAGGGGGCUUUGGUGGUGGUGCAGGCGGAGGUCACUGUGGAGGUGUUGGUGGUGGAGCUGGAGGAGGGCACGGUGGUGGAGCUGGAGGGGGCUUUGGUGGUGGUGCAGGCGGAGGUCACUGUGGAGGUGUUGGUGGUGGAGCUGGAGGAGGGCACGGUGGUGGAGCUGGAGGGGGCUUUGGUGGUGGUGCAGGAGGGGGAGGCGGCCAUGGUGGUGGAGCUGGUGGAGGUUUUGGUGGCGGUGCAGGUGGAGGAGGAGGCCAUGGCGGAGGGUUUGGUGGUGGUGCUGGAGGAGGCCAUGGUCGUGGAUUUUAA